AUGGAUGCAAGCAAUAGCAACAGCAACUCCGCCAUUCAAGCCGUUGCAGAGGUACAAGUGCCUGCAAAACCUGGAUCUGAUCAUGCCACUGCAUCAGCACAAACAGCACUAGUACAAAAGAGCAGCAAGCAUGCCACUGUCAUGGGCAUGGCCACGAACUAUCCGCUCAAGACCUUUAGGCAAUACGUGGGAUCCCUGCGGAAAACGGGAUUUGAAGGAAAAAUCAUUCUGGCAAUCUCACAAGACCCCAAGGCGGGAGUGGAAGACUACUUGAAAAUUCAAAAUGUUACCAUGAAGAGAAUCCAAAAAAUUAACUGCACCUAUGAUCUAUUAGAAAUUCGAGGGAGAGACAAGAAAAAUCUCAAUUCACACCAGAUUGAGGUUGCUACCUGCGCUGAUCCAUAUCCCAACUUGAAGAUUCGAUGGAGUCGAUUUGCCCUUCUCAGAGAUUAUCUGGAAGAAUGCAAAGAAUGCACUGGGCCCAUCCUUAUCUCAGAUGUCAGAGACACUUUCUUUCAACGAGAUCCAUUUGGUCCUGAAGCACCUCCUGUCACCGGACUACAAGUCUUUGAGGAAUUCAAAGAACAACGAACCACUCACUGGCUGGUGCAGGGUCCUGUGGAAAAAUGCAAAAAUAUCAAAAUUUUCAAUGAAACCAUGCUCUGCUCUGGAACCACCAUUGCCACCCGAAAUGACAUGCUCCGAUAUCUCAAUGACAUGGUGGCAGAAAUGAGAUUUUGGAUGCAACAUGAAAAGUGCUGUUGCAAUGACAUGAAUGGUGACGACCAGUCCAUCCACAAUUGGCUCUUCUAUGGGUCCAAACAACUAGCCACGUACGGGACGGCGCAACCGAAUCGAAUGGGGCUGGUACACACCGCAGGAGCCCAAGCAUCAAGACUCUUCCAAGCCAAACGCAAAAAGGGAAUGGAGGAACUGGGGCUCGAACAGAGAGCUGCUGUGGUUAUGCCCUUUACUUCCAAGGAAGAGGAAGAACGGGGGAAUUGGUUGGGGCCAGAGCAUGGAUUGACGGAUCCUCAAGGGUACUUGCUCGAUUUCAAUGGGGAAAGAUCCUUUGUGGUUCACCAAGCGGAUCGAUUUGGGUAUCCCUUUGAAAAAUGGUUGUGGAAUCAUGGACCUUGCAAGGGACUCUGA